AUGGUCAAGAUUAGGGGUCUAACAGUGCACGCUUUCUGCCUUACAGCUUUCAUAUCCUCGGUGACUGCAGACUCACCAGGAAGCCCUCUCUACUCUGGCGCAUUUCCCAAUGAAGCCAAUGGCUAUGCCCGUGUAAUUCAACUCCAGCACGCAGGCGAUCAGAACGGCAAGCUGCUGGCUACCUGGGAGCACUGGUACACCACAGGUCCCGACAGCAAAGCGCCCAACGGCACCGCAGGGAACUUCAUCAUCCUCGAAAGCGCGAGCGACAAAGGCGACGCCUGGUCGACUCUGGCAACCGUUCACGACCCGCAAACAGGCCCCGGACAUCCCAGCCCGUUCUUCUACCAGCCGUUCCUCUUCGAGUUCCCCCAGCAGCUCGGCAAGUACCCAGCGGGCACCUUACUCCUCGUCGGCAAUCUGAGCAACGGAACAAGCACGCAGUUCUUCUCCUGGCGGUCCCGCAACCAUGGGAAAUCAUGGGACCCCGUCGGCGCGUGGCAAGAAAGUGCGUGGCAGAACGGUGACACAUCGAAUGGCAUCUGGGAGCCGUUCCUGUACCUCGACAGCAAGGGCCGCCUCGUGGCGGUCUUCUCCGACGAGCGCGGUCAUCCAGCGCACAGCCAGAUGCUGGUACAUGUCGUCUCCGACGACGGCGGCGACACCUGGAGCGGGGGUGAUUGUGUCGACGGGACCGAUUGUGUCGUCCGCGACGUGGCCAGUCCCGUGAGCAGCCAGCGCCCCGGCAUGGCCAGCGUGGCGAGAAUGGACAACGGCGAGUACUUCAUGAGCUAUGAGGUGUGUCUGGAGUUCAACGCCGUCUGCCACGUGCACGGGAAAACGUCCCCGGAUGGCAUCAACUGGAACGAAACCGACGUGGGCGUCGCCAUCGAGACCGCCGACCGCAUUUCCCCCUGGGCGAGCCCGUACACGGUCUGGGACCCGGCUGCGAAACAGCUGGUGCUGGGGAGUAUGCAACAGUUUCUGAACAACACGGUGAACUUGGAUGCGCCGGAGAACCACCGCUCUGUCUUCAUCAACAAGAACCACGGCAAGGGCGAGUGGUUCUGGGCCCCGUCGCCGUGGACGGCGCCCGCUAGCACCGAUAUCUGCUCGUCUAACCGUAGCCCGGAUCUUCUUCCGCUCGCGGGCGGUGGUAUUCGCUAUACGGCUCCAGCGCCGGAAGGGAGCACGGGGUUGUGUGGAGAGCGGACGGGGAACGCGUCCAUCGGCGCCUUGCCCUACACAGCUGACUUUGCUGCCGACGGCCAGGCGGGUUGGAUUGUUUUGGGGGGGACGUGGAACUGA